AUGUCGUCCGGACUCGCCUCGGAUGAAGUGGCCGAGGAUUACAAGAACUCCUUGGAGGAUCUAACGACCAACGACAGGUUCCAGAUCAGCAAUUUGACCGUCAUCGCCAAAGAGAACACCGAACAUGCCAUGGCAAUCUGUCGCGUGUUGGAGAAUCAUAUCCGAACAACUCCGCCGCCGCAGAAGCUGCCUGCUCUGUAUGUAGUCGACUCCAUUAUCAAGAACGUAGGAACCCCCUACACUCGGUUCCUGGGUCAGAACAUGUACCAGACCUUUAUGAAUGCAUACACGCUGGUCGAUUCGCAGACACGCCGCAAACUCGACGAAAUGCUGAAGACCUGGAAGGAGCCGGUGCCGGGGUCUCUGGAUACACGGCCGGUGUUCUCCCCCGAGAUUACUCGCAGCAUCGAGAGUGCGUUGAUCAAGGCGAGGACCGCCGCCCUCCAACAGCAGCAGGCCAGGAGCCAACAUGACAUCCUCGGACGAGGGCGAAUUGGGACUCCUCCAGGCUGGUCCAACACCCCGACACCGCCCCAGACCACGGCGCGCCAUCCACGGGCCACUCCAACGCCGCCUCUGCCAUAUCAAAGACCCGGACCCAGCAUGGGAGCCCAAUCGACACAGUCUGAUCCCCGAGCCACUCCCACCCCCCAGCUCCCGCAGUCGCAGGAGGUGGACCUGUCGGCUCUGAACCGAGACCUCGACGCGCUCAUCGCGAACGCACGCAGCGAGUUCGCAAACAACCCCCUCGAUCCGACCAUGCAGCAGCGCCUCAAGGCCCUCCUCGACCUCCAGGGCAUCUUGCAGCGCCAGGAGCUGACCCAGGACCAACUACGCCUGGUCCGCGAGCAAGUGUCAGCCCUGGCCCCUAAGACGGCCAUCCCCCCGCCGCAGGCUGUGCCUGCCCCCCUCCCAACCAUAUCGACCCCGUCCAUGACAACAUCCGCACCACAGGCGAUUUCCCAGCCGCUCCAGCAGCUCCUCAACCCGGGAACGCUAGCGGAACUCAUCAAAAACACCGCAGCCCGCCAGCAGCCGACCCCUCCGCCCCAAGCCGCCAACCUCAUCUCCCAACUACCCGUGACCAGCGUCACUCCCCAGCCCGCCGCCCCCUUCGCACCGGAUAACCCUCUCAUCGCGGCGCUGCGAGCCCGCGGCCUCCUCCCUCCGGCCUCAGCGCCUCCCGUCCCCACCGCGGCCGCCGCCCCACCGCCAAAUCUCGCCUCCGUCUUCCCACUGCUCGUCCCAGGCGGCAUGCAGUACACGCCGCCGGUGUCGGCUCCGACGUUACGCACAGACGGGCAGGUAGCCGUCCAAAUGAGCACCGCCUCGAUGAAGAUCCCGCGCCACGCCCUCAUCGCCAGCCUCUACGACGCGCGCUCCAACCGCUGCGGAACAUGCGGCCGCCGAUUCUUCGCCACAGAGGAAGGCAAAGAACAGAAAGCGCGCCAUCUGGACUGGCACUUCCGCACCAACCAGCGCAUGGCCGACGCCGCAAAACGCGCCCAAAACCGCAGCUGGUACGUCGACGAACGGGACUGGAUCAAAUCCCGCGAAGCAGUCGACGAGCAGGGCCUGGCGGACACAGACGCAGCGGGCGAGAGCGCCGCGCUCGCCGACGGCGGCGCCACGAAGAAGGGCCUGCCGAAGGAGUGGAUCCACGCGCCCAACGACGCCACGCUGCGCAACACGCCGUGCCCGAUCUGCCAGGAGAAGUUCGAGUCGACGUGGUCCGAGGAAGUGCAGGACUGGAUCUGGCAGGACGCCGUCAAGGUCGGCAACCGCGUGUACCACGCCAGCUGCUAUGCGGAGGUCACCAAGGACGGACCGGCGGCGGGAGCCCAGCGCGGCACGCCGGCGGGGCGGACGGGGACGCCGGAUUCUGUCUUGGGGAAACGCAAGGCGGAGGGGACGGAUUCUCCAGGGCAGCAUGUGCGGGUCAAGAUGGAGCCGAUGUAG